CAGGCUGUCCUAGGAAGCCGAGUGGGAGUGGCACAGAGCUGCUGGAGAUCCUGAGAACCUGAGUUUUGGCAAGCAGCCAGAAUAUUUAAAAAAUGACCACACCAAACAAGACACCUCCUGGUACUGACCCUGAGCAGUUGGAAAAGACUGGAACAGUACGGGAAAUUGGGUCACAAGCUGUUUGGUCACUCUCAUCUUGCAAACCAGGAUUUGGAGUGGAUCAGUUACGAGCUGACAAUCUAGAAACUUAUUGGCAAUCAGAUGGCUCCCAGCCUCAUUUAGGGAACAUCCAAUUCAGAAGAAAAACAACAGUUAAGACAUUAUAUAUUUAUGCAGACUACAAAUCUGAUGAAAGCUAUACUCUAAGCAAGAUUUCAGCCAAAGUAGGAAAUAAUUUUCACAACCUUCAAGAAAUUCGGCAACUUGAAUUGGUGGAACCAAGUGGCUGGAUUCACAUUCCCUUAACUGAUAAUCAUAGGAAGCCAACUUGGACGUUAAUGAUACAGAUUGCUGUUCUAGCCAAUCAUCAAAAUGGAAAAGACACCCACCCAUAUGAGACAAAUUAAAAUAUACACACUGGUAGAAGAGAGCGCCAUUGGCAAAUUUCCUAGAUGUACAACUAUAGA